AUGCCGGAGAUGCGGCCUUUGCCUGCUUCUUCAUUAUCAUCGGCCCCUGCGGAGGCAGCUGAGGUAACGGGAGCUACGCCCUCGACCGAGGAAACGGCUCGGCAAGAUCUAUCAAAUUCCCACCAAGUUCGCCAGGAGCAAGAGACAAAUGGGACGACCGAGGCACCGAGAUCCACGCCCCGAACGGCGGCCAGGAGGACUCGCACGACCAAAGCAUCACACUCAGCCGCGAGAGAAGAAACAGCAACAGGCCCUCCAUCUAGCACCACUCGCACCGAAAUCAACCCCCUACCUCCGCCGGCAACAACAAUAGCCUCGCGAGAUGAACCGGCCCGUACCAGCUCAUCCACAGCACGGGCGCCGGCCGCGCGCAAAUCCCGCUACACGACCCUCCCGACAGACGUCGACGCCGCGCUGCGUCUUCUGUACGCCGAGCUCGAGACGGCCCACGAGCUCCGGCACAAGGUCGGCGACGUCGAGAGCCAGGUCGCGCAGAUGCAGCGGGAGCUCCAGCUGCGCAACAGCGAGCUCGCGGUGGCCAGGCGGGCGGCGGACGUGGGCCGCGUCUCGGCGUCGGAGAUGGAGCAGUUGCGGGCGCAGGCUGCGCUGGGGGAAACGGCUGUCGAAGAGGCGGCUGGGUUGAGGGCGGAGAAUAGGAGCUUGCGCGCCGAGUUGGAGGUGAGUCGGGAGAAGCUGGUUGAGAGUGAGCGGGCGCUGGAGGAGUGGAAGCGGAAGCUUUCGGCGUUGAUGUCGUAG